AUGUCCGGCACGGAAACCAUCGUCGUGAUAGGAGCAGGUGUGAUUGGCCUCUCAACUGCCCUGUCGAUUCAAGAGCAUUUGAGCAGCACACAAUCCGUGCUUCUUGUAGCCAGGGACUUCCCCUCGGACACCUCCAUCAACUACGCCUCACCCUGGGCCGGAGCGCAUUAUCGUCCAGUGCCCGGGUCUUCACCACAAGCACUACGAGAAGCCAAUCAGGCACUACGGACAUUCAACUAUAUCAAGAAAGUCGCUACUGAGGAGCCGGCAGCUGGCAUCAAAUUAGUCCAAGGCAUUGAGCACCUGGAAGCACCGCCGCCAGAAUACCUGGACAGCCAGAGCGUGUCAAAUGUCUACCAUUUUGAGGACUUUCGUUCCCUCGAGGCCGAAGAGGUCCCUGCGGGUGUCAAAUGGGGAGUUGAAUAUGGUACAUACGUGAUCAACUCUCCGGUAUAUUGCGCACACAUGCUGCGCAAAUUCAUCGUCAAGGGAGGCAGAACCCAAAAGUACACAUUCGUGAAUAUUAACGAGGCAUUUGCUCUCGCCGAUAAUGUGAAGACGGUGGUGAAUUGCUCCGGCACUGGGUUCGGGGACCCAAAGUCCUUUAUUAUCAGAGGUAAGCUUAUCACCGACAGGGGCAGUUGGAUAUUGGUUCCACUUUGCCCAUACUCUCAGACACUCGAGUCCAUUGCUAAUGUCGACCCAGGCCAAACCUGUCUAGUUCGCAACCCCGUCUCCGCAACAAUCACCCGCCAAAACGAAGACGGAACCUGGUCCUUCUGCAUCCCACGCCCCCUAGACGGCGGCACAGUCAUCGGCGGCACCAAACAACCCCACGACUGGGACCCGAAUCCGUCCCCCGAAAUCCGAACCCAACUCCUCACCAACGCCUCGAAAUGGUUCCCCUUCACCCCAGAGAGCGGGGGCCAAUUCGACGUCAUCCGCGACAUCGUGGGGCGCCGACCCGCCCGAGAAGGCGGGAUGCGGAUCGAGGUGGAGCAAGUCGGCGACGGGAAGAAUAUCGUGCACGCCUAUGGCGCCGGUGGCCGUGGAUUCGAACUAUCCCGGGGUGUUGCGGAGGAUGCGACGGCCCUGAUGUUGGAGAGUGGACUGUUGCGGGUCCAGGCCAGAGCAACUUUGUAG